UAACUCGCCUCGGCUGCCCCCGGCUUUUAAGCCCUGCCACUCGCCCAUCAAACACCAUUGGAGGCUGAGAGGACUGCUUAAAUACGGCUCUACCAUCCAUCGGGCCAGCAGCGUCCCGUCGGAGCGAGCAAACACCAGCAGCCCAGAGGCGCUAAACAAGCUGCAGACGCCGCUGCGGCGCUAAACGAGCUGCCCCGACGCCGCCACAGCGUUCAACGAGCUGCCCGGACGCCGCCGCGGCGCUAAACCAUGAUGGGCGGCAUGGGCGACGCCGCGGCCAUCGCGUCCGCCCUCGCCAAGACGAAGCGGCGGGGCCACGCCGCCGCCGAGGCCGCGAGGGCGCCCGCGCCGCCGCCCAUAAACUUCGACGCACAUCUAGAUGACGGCCCGGUGGCCGGCAAGGCCUACCCGAGCGGCGAGUGGUAUCCCAGACGCAAGCCCGGCCCGCACCCCUACGACUGCGUGCCGCCCGGGGCUAGAAGGCCGGUAGUGUUCCCCCACGGCGAGUCGAGCGUCCUCGCGUUCAUGCGGUCGCGGAAUCCAAAUUUUGAUGGGAAGCCCAUGGACAUCAUGGACGGCUUCCAGCAGACGCAUAAGAGGACGCGGCCGCUGGGCCAGGGCGACUUCCUGAAGGUUCCCAAACCCUAUAGGUUGGCCUGGCAGUCGAUCACACCGGACUCGACACAAGGUAAAAAAAUGCGCAACCUCCAGAAGGCCCUGGCCAAGCACCAGCAGGGCGACAGCGAGGACCUCGACAAGUACUGCUGGAAGGAUAUCAGGCAAGUGCUCGAGGCGGGCGACGUGAAAUCAAGUGAGAGACCCCAGACGACGCACGACCCGACGCAUACGCCGCUGCACAAGGCGUGCUGGCGCGGCGACAUUGAUAUAGUUCGAAAAUUGGUCACGGGCUGCCACGCGUCGAUGCGUGCGAAGCUCGUGACGGCGUCGAAUAAAAUAGGGGCCACGCCGCUCCACCUAUGCUGCGACGGCUCGCGACCGUUUUUUGCGGGUGCGACGGGGCGGUGCGACAUCGCUAGACUUUGCUUGGCGAAUGGCGCGGACGUGAACGCGCGGGACGAGCGGGGGUGCACCCCGCUCCACAAGGCCUGCUACCAGGGCGACGCUUUAUUAUGCAAGGUUUUGCUUGAGCACGGCGCCGACGAAAACGUGGUGGAUGCGAACCAGCGCGUGCCGACGUCGGAGAGCGAGGGGAAAACACAGAGGCCCCACGCGCUCGAGGUCGCGGCGGCCAUCGAUUCUGUGAUUGGGCCCGAGCGGGCUCUGGUUCGGGCCCGAAAAUGCGCCGCGUCGGCCUACGUCCGCCAGGUCGUGCACGACGCCGUCAAGCGCGCGCGGCCGCCGCUGCCCUUCGCGCACCAGCUGUACCGCGAAAAGAAGUUCCCGCGCGCCAAUAGCAGAGAUCCGUCGCGAGCCAAAAUGAUGGCAAAGAAGUCGCGGUACCAGGUGAAGAAGGGGACGGACCGGCAAAAAAAGAAGGUAAGCAGUUUUUGAUGUAG